UUGCUUGCUCACUUUCACAAUGGCUGCCCCGUGGAUUGCGCUACCGUUGACACUUGCCUCCCCGCAUACGAAUUCCGCACGUCCUUCGUGUACGCGUUAUCCUCGCUAUAGUCAUCUCUCCAUAUCCGCGUAUUCGCUGCGUGUCCCCCGCAUUUUGCUUGGAUCCAAUCAGCAGCCCUUCCUCAGCCAUCUGAUCCAGGCGGGAGGAAUCAUUCAUCACCGUCCAAUUUCGUGUUGCUGCGCUGCUAACGUCUCCCCCGCUUCCUCAGCUUCCUCCGCUUUCCGCAGAUUCGCCGCUUCCGCCGCUCCCCGCGACGCAGCCUCCGCCUUAGGAAGGUCGCGCUGGGGAGCAGCGGUUUCCCCCUCUUCGUCCGCCGCACCCUCGGGAUUGCCGUUCUCCGCCGCUUCCACUUCCGCUUCCCCCGCCACCUCGGGUUCGCGUUCCGCCAUCCCCUCGUCCCUGUCCGCCUCGGGAGGGGCGGCGUGCGCCUCUUCCCCUUCCCCCGCCACCUCGGGAUUGCCGGAGGAGCGCGCCACGCCUGGCGGCGGCCGCCACCUGUUCUGCUUCGGGCUGGGAUACGUGGCUGUGGCGCUGUCGAGUGUGCUACUAACGAACGGAUGGCGUGUGUCCGGCACGUGCAGGAGCAAGGACGACUGGCUUCGGUUGUGUCACAUGGGGAUACAAGCACACCUGGUGGAAGAGGAUGGCAGUGACAGGGCUUUGAUUCUCGUGGAUUCCUCGCUGCCUGAUCUCCUCUCCGCCUCACACGUCCUCGUCUCCAUCCCCCCUCUCCUGUCUCCUCAUACCCCGCCUUCGCAACCUGUUGACGUGGUGCUUUCCUCCUGUUGUCAGCACCUGACGCUGGCUGCCAGCAACAGACUCAGGUGGAUCGGAUACCUCUCUUCCACUGGCGUCUAUGGUGACUGGGGCGGCGAUUGGGUAGACGAAGACUCAGUGCCCCGCCCGGUUACCCCAAAGGCCGUCGCACGAUAUGCUGCAGAGAGAGAGUGGCUGGCGUUCCAGGCGCAACUGGGAAAGGUGGUACCCGAUGCAACGAGGGGGCAGCUGGGGGAGGCUGUAUCUGAUGAGCUGAUGGCGAAUGAGAGCAGGAGUGAUGCAGACCUGAUGAAGGGCGAGGAUGCUAUUGCUGUUCGUGUAUUCCGGCUUGGGGGAAUCUACGGGCCUUUCCGCAGUGCUCUGGACACAGCAGCAGCGGAGAUGGGGAUGGGGGAAGGGACAGCGCCCCAGUCAACAGCAAUGCUCAAUCCGAGGAGAAGCAGGCCUGGGGAGAGCAGCCAUGGAGAGGGCAGCAUCACGAGCCGAGAGCUCAGCAGCAGUUGGGAUAGCAGCAGCAAUCGCGAGCGCAGGCAGAGAAAGCGGUUCACAUCGCGGUGCCACGUGGCAGACAUCUGCGCUGCAAUCAUGGCUAGCAUGGACGGCCGCGGGAGCAGUUCAAUCAUCAACAUAGUGGAUGACGACACGUCCCCUCGCCGACACGUCAUGCAGUUCGCUCGCCAGCUCAUCGCCUUGGGAGAAUCAGAUCUCUACUGGCAGAAGCUGGAGGCUCUGCGGCUCGCUCUGCCACCCGGAAUCAUCCGACGGGGCGGCAGGGGGGCGGCGAGAGGGCUAGAGGAGGAGCAUAAAGGGACGCUGCGUCCCACCGUUGCGACUGGUGCGGAACUAAUGGUUCGUUCUGAAGUGGAGGCUGAAAAUGUGGAGCUGAGAAACGAUGUGACGAAUCAGGUCGCAAUGCUUGGUGAUGACCACGAGAGGGAUGGAGAUUCACUUGAUGUGGUGAGUCGCAUGGCUUACCAUAGGAGCUCCAGUAGUGCUUCUGCCAGGAGCUCUAGUAGUGGUGAUGGCUCCAGCAGAUUUUUAGAGGAUGGGGAAAAAAGGGUCAGGAAUAAUCGGCUGAAGAGGGAGUUGCUUGGAGCACUUAAGUUCCCUUCCUUUGUGGAUGCUCUUCGAACAAUGGCUUCUGGUGAUGUCUAUCCGUUUGAUUGAGUUGGUGAUUCGUAAUGGAAAUCACAUCUAGUA